AUGGAGCGGAAGAGCCCAGCUGCGGCGGGGAGCCCGAGCCUGAGCCCAGGCGGCAGGGCAGCCGCGGACGGGCGCUGCGCCUCGGGUAGCGAGGGCGGCGCGCCGGCGGCGGCUGCCCCGCACAGAGGCGACGGCCCGCCCGCGGCUUCCGCGGCCGCGGAGUGCGACGAGCUCAUCCGGAGGGCGCUGGAGUUCAAGAGCCAAGGCGCGCAGUGCUACAAGGACAAGAAAUUCCGCGAGGCCAUCGGCAAGUACCACCGCGCGCUGCUGGAGCUGAAGGGGCUUCUGCUGGCCCGGGAGGACCGCGACGACGCCGGCUUCUCCUCCGCGGCCGCCGCGGGCAGCCCAGACAAACUCACGCCCGAGCAGCGGCAGCUCCUGGAGAACAUCGAAAUCGACUGUUACAACAGCCUGGCAGCCUGCCUCCUUCAAGCUGAGCUGGUGAAUUAUGAGCGAGUCAAGGAAUACUGCCUGAAAGUGCUGAAGAAAGAGGGAGAGAACUUCAAGGCACUCUACCGGUCAGGUGUAGCGUUCUACCACCUUGGAGACUACGACAAGGCACUUUACUACUUGAAAGAAGCACGGUCUCGGCAGCCGGCAGAUACCAAUGUUGUACGGUACAUCCAGCUUACAGAAAUGAAGCUAAGCAGAUGUUCUCAGAGAGAAAAAGAAGCUUUGUGAGAAGAAACCCAACUUGGUGGGUCUGAGUGGACAUGUCCUCCCCUGAAUGCCCAUUAGGAGGGUUGUCUCCCCUCCCACCCCUUAGAUGACAGUUUUUCUCCCAAUACCCAUCGUUAAUUGUGAUCUGUGCUCAGAUGGGUUGUCGGAUCUUGAAGAUGAGUCUCCAGCUCUGGAUCUGGCUUUAGCUGUUUGCUGGGCAAUGAUGAAGUUCCAGUCCCUUAGCACAAUUCCUACAUUCAGCUAUAUUCUGGGACUCUGGCUGAUGGUCUGAAGGUACUGCUGGAGAGAGUGCUCCUCGGCCUUCUUCUUUCAGGUUGCUGCCACAUCCACCAAUCCACCAACUAGCCACCUGACCAGAGGUUCACGCCUCCUGCUCAGAUGCUGAGCUGAUGGCAAAUGCAGAAAGCCUUCGGACACUGGGCGUGACGAGGACCCCACAUCGGCAGCUUCUCUGCAAUCUUAGAAUGUCAGAAUCCAGGGAGAAGCCCAUGGCCAUUGUGAUCCCCUGCCAGCGAGACUCAUUUGCAACACCGUCUGCUUAAAGCGUGGGGGAAACGAACUCGAAGCAACACGUUCUAAGAACAGGGAACAGCUUUGAGGACUUGACAGAACCUAAAAGAUAAAGUGGAAGGACACUGUAUUGCUUGGGGAAUAAAACUGUAGAGUGAUUAAUAUCAGAAACACGUUGUUUAACAGGCAGCAAUCCCACAUAUUACUUUUUAGAAGGCACACCUGGGCCUAACACCUAGAGGUACAGCAUGACCAUGUAACUAGUUUCAGCUUAGACAGUGGAAACUGGAGCACCGAAUUACGGUUUUGCCACACUUUCAUAUGCACUGGUGGGCAAGGCACUCACCUUUCCUGUGCCUCAGUUUCUCCAUCUGUACGGCGGGGACAAUAAUGCCUCCCUACCUCACAGGGGGUGUUGUGAGGAUUUGUUAGUUGAUGUUUGUACAGUGCUAAAUAUUAUUAUUGGUACACUGAACUAACACUGCAAUCCUGACGUCGCUUUGUGACCUUGCCACCUCUUCUUCCUUUCAUUCACACUUAGGACAUGAAUGCCUUCCGAGGUUUACGCUGAA